UCGUAGUUCGUACGCAGUCGGUGAAUUUAUUUACAAUUUCUGUAUACAAUUUGUUCUCUAUUUCUAGAACAGUAUUUUUUUUAUUUCUGCUUUUUACAAGAUUGGAUUGAUGAACUGUUAACUAUACCGUCUUAGUUAAGUGUUUAAAUAAGCUUUGAAAAAUGUUAUGGUGACAGGUUCAUUACUUCAUCGUUCAUACGAAUAAAGUGACUGUGGACAAAAUAAUGUGGUUUUGUUGAUCAUAUAUACCUGAGUAAAAAAGAUGUGUGAAGAGGCUGAAGUAAAUUAUGUUGAUGGAGAUGUUGUGUGGGUGAAACUGGGAACCUGCUGGUGGCCUGGUGAGGUAGUGGACCCCGAAAAGCUUCCACCAGAUGUGCUUCCAGCAUUUCGGAAACCACCGAUAGCUGUAGUUAAGUUCUAUCAAGAAAAUACAUAUGAAUAUGUAAGGAAAGAAAAUGCCAUAGAAAAGUAUAACUCCAGCCGAAAAGCUGAAUUUAUUCAAAGAGGAUUGUGUUUGUAUAGGACAAAACAUGGACUCAUGGAGAAAUUCCCAGAGGAUGUUAUACGGGCUGAAUCAGCUGUCGGAGGCGACCCCGAAAUAUUAACAAGAGAUGAAUUCCAAGAGACCAAAAAGGAAAGCUAUGCUAAUUUAUUUGGUGACCCAAGAAAAAAAUCACCUAGCUGUAUUAAAAAAGGCAGUGCUAGAGGGAAAUCAGUAGACUCACCACGACUGGCAACUCCAAUAAGAAAGGUUAAAGAUAAAGUUAACUAUAAAGCGCACAUUUUAGUACAAGGGUGUAAGACUCCUAGUCAAGUUACAGAAACAGAUACAACACCAGCUGUACAAACUACUGAUUCCGAAGAUUGUGAAGAAAAGCCUGAUGAAGAAAGUGAAAAAAACCCAGAACCUACUACUUCACAAAAUGCAACAUCAUGUGCAGGCAUUUAUGCAUGCCACGCGUGUCCUUUUACCACAACCCGUAUGAAUGUGCUAAUUUUACAUAAUAAAACACAUAGUUCUACAUUUACUCCAUACAUACCCUCACCAGUAAAGAAGAAACCUACUGCUAUUAAGGUUCAGAAACAACCAUCAAACACUAUGACACCUCCAAAACCCCGUCAGCCUCGACCAGAAAAUAUAGAAAAAACUGUAAAGGAAAAAACUGGCGAAAAAAGAGAAGGUGAUGAAGAAAAUUUGCCUGAUAUAAAAAAGAUAAAAACAGAUGUAGAGAUUAAAAGCAGUUUACUAGCUGAUUGGGAGGAUGCUGAAGAUGAUUCAAAUGAUGAGUCUUCCACAAUUCCCAUAGCAAGAUCACCAGAGGUACCAGUAGCUGGAUCUCCUGCUAUACCGACACCUGCUGAGCAACAUAUUGCACAGGUUCCUAAUGAAAUCCCUACUCCAGUUUCUCAUCAUCAGAAAAAAGAUGAUAUUGUAAUUCUAGAUAAAUCUGAAGCAUCUAAUGACACUAAAUAUGACUUCUGUGAAGAUGAAGACUGGCCUGUGGAAGCGGAUGUAGGACGGAAAAUUCCUCGUGUGAAACCCUCUAUACGAAAAGAAGAAAAGAAGAGCCUAAGUAUUGAUGACGAUGAAAUGGCAAGGGAGAUUGCAGAACUUCUUAAUAAAACAACAGUGCCUGAAUUGCCCACUGUACCUGAAACAUUUAAAACGGAGGAAAAUUUUCCUGAGCCUUCAACUGUGAAAUCACCGGACAAAUGUGGAAAUUCGAAAGAAAUCUGUAAAUUAUUGGAAAAUAAAACUUCUGUUACACUACCUCAACCAACAAAAACUAUUUUUAAGACUAAGACGUUUUUUCGGAGCCGACAUUCUAGAAGUCAAGACGCAAUAGGAAAGUACGUAACAGGACAACUAAAUGCCGCAGAAAGAAUGAAUAUGAAUGAUAUAGACCUCAAUGGGACUGGAACAACACUGUCACCACAACCAAGAAUAUCUCCGCCACCUAGUGAACCAGUGAAAGUGGCACGGCUUGCUCCGAAAAUACAAUUGAAAAAAAUGAAAGCUGAAGCAGCGCAAUUAAAAGAACAGGAAAAAAUAAACACAGAGAAAUCAAAAGUUAAUGAUGACAAAAGUGAUAUUUUUUUUGUUUCAGAGAAGACAAGACCUCUUAAUGAUAAUAACUGUGUCACAAAACAAACAUCUACAUCAAAUGAAAUAGUAAAUAUGAAUGAAUGUGAAAGUCUAAAGACAGUCAAUAAUAUUCCUACUAAAACUUUUCCAGAGGCCCUCAUAGAAAAUAAUCAUUCUCUUGUUACAAGUAGUGAAAUUGUUAAAAACGGAAGAGCGAAUGAUGAAGUAGGAAAAGUUACAUUACAAAAUAGUAAAAUUAUCAACACUGAGGAAAAAGCUCAAGAUUUGUAUGAACCAUAUAUGAACGAGUCUACUGCGUCCGCUGUUGAUGCUUUACUCAGUGUAUCUAGAGAAGCGGAUAGAGUAACAAAAGUCGUAAGUGUGGAUCCGCCAGAGGAUUUAUUUGAAGAUGAUAAAGACAUAGCUCUUGAUAAUAAAACUGAUGCCAUCACCUUCCACGCUACUAAAGAAACAAAAAAUACCAAUACUAAUGAAGAAAUAGAAAAAGAAGAUUAUAAAAGCAGUGAAGAUAUAUUAUAUACAAAUGCACAGGAAUAUUUAGAUACCAAUAAGCAAAUAGACUCAAAGCCGUUAUCUCCAACUCACUCGCCAAGAGUUGGAGACGAUAAACCAAACUUUUCUGAAAAAGAACAUGUGAACGAGCUAGAGCUGGAUAACAGUGAAGUUGUUAUAGAUCCUCGAUGUAAUGAACAAGCAUUGAAUAUGAUGACUGAUAUUACGCCUUCUGAAUCAGAUCUUCAAAUUGCGGAAGCCUUAAUAAAUUUGCCUUCAACUACUAUUACUAAUAAAUCAAUAACAGAUCUUCAGCAACAUAAUUUAUCGCAUAUAUCUCCAACAGACGACAACCAAUCUGCAUCUAACGGUAUUCUCAUAAGUACUUCCACUUGUAUUGAUUCUAUUAAAAAUGACAAUAUUAUUAAAAUUUGUGAAAAAAUAGCACCAGUUAGUACACCGCUCGUAACAACCAAUGUCCGAUUUGAAAGUGAAGAGGAAAAGAGUGAAAAUUUAAACGCAGCACAGUCCUUGGUGGAGAUGUCAGAAUCUGUAGAACACAAAAUAAAUAUUGGAGAUAUUAGGCCAGAAGAUGCAAAUUUAAUAAUAGCCAGUGGUACGUCAGAGUCUUUAUUUGUUACAAAAUUAGAUAAAUCAACAUCUGAAAGCAAUAUCUUGACCAUACCAAAUAAUAAUAAAAAAGAUGAAAAUGUUCCAGAAACAAUGUUAAAAACAGAUACAACAUCUAAAUUGCUUAAAAUUUUGGAAGACCCAUGUACUUCGCGAAUUAAGGUCGAAAAUAACUCGUUAACUAAUAAACAAGUCAUUGGAACUGGUAAAGACAAAAUAAUCAAUUUUGAAGUCGGGAAAUCUUCUAUAAAGCAAAAACAACCACCGAUAAAACAGAAGAUUAUCAUACGUCGAACAACACCUAAAACAUUACUCAAUGCUAUGAGUGAAGUUACUACUACAACUGAUCAAAUAAUUUUGUCACCUUCAAAUAAAACCGUUAACGACGGAUCGCCUGUACAGAGUUAUACAAUACAGACAACGCCAGAUAUCCGGCAGUCGGAUGGCAACACAAUCUUAAUUCAACCGAAAUUUAGAAAGAUCGCGAAACCCGCACCUAAAAUACAAAAAACCAAUCCUGUGGUGGCAGUUUCAAAUAAUCUGAACAACAAAGAAGCCAAAACAAAUGAAACUGUUUAUGACAUUAAUUCUAUGCCAGUUGUUCUAUCUGAUGAUAUAUUUACCCCUGAAAACAUAGAAAAAAUGCCUGUAGUUAUGUCAGAUGGUAAUCUAUUACGGAGUGCGCCAAGCAGUUCAAAAAUUGUAAAGAACAAGAAGUUAUUUGUUAACAAUGAAAAAAUUACUGUCAGUUCAACCCCUAAUAAACCUGAAUUUAAAACAGUAUUGAUGAACCCGUCCCAAGAGGUAAACAAAGUAAAAGUUACAACACCCAACAUUCUUUCAAAGUCUUCAAAAUUAAAAAGUGGUAAGCCUAUUCUGAUAAUUGAUAAAAACACAGGAAAACAAAAAGUUUUGGUGUCUAAAACAGAUUCUUCUACAAGAGACUUAAAACAAUCACCCACUAUUAUACAAGCGGUACCUCAACAAGGAAGUCCUAAAACGGAAAAAUUUAUUAUUAUGCCAUCAGCUGCUUCACCGAAAUAUGCUAGGACUCAAAAAAUCAUAAUAGAUCCACAAACAAGGAAAGCACAUGUAGUCGUAGGAAAGGGAUCAGAUGCUAGCUGUUGUGCUGAUACCAAACCAGUAUCAGCUAAGUUAAUAUCUCCUAUUGCUGAUUCUAAUACACCGGGAAAUACUGUAAUGAUCAUAACCAAUGCACAAGGAGGACAAUCUAGGAUAGUCCUUACUCCAGAACAUGAAAAGUUGUUGUUCCCCAAUAAACAACAACCUAACGUUUCACAGCUCAAAACAAUAACUCAACGUGUUGCUACAAGUUCAGUUAGCCAACCGAAGCAAAUAGUAACUGCAACUGCCACAAGCAAAACGCAAACUCGGGUAGUAUCAAAGAAGAACGCUUUUAUAACCUCCAAGGGACAACUUAUUGUUGGAGGUCGUCUAGCAGCAGCUACGCCAAAUAUAGCACCUCUACCAGAAAUAAGACCAGCUCCUAAACGACCUACAGAGGUAAAGAAAAAUGUACCGCCAGUACAAAAAACAGAGCCAUUAAUUUUCUUACAGCAGAAAUCAGGUACUGUCAUGCAAUUAACUGCGGCGCAAUUUGAGCACUUACAGAGGACGGGUCAAAUUGUUCAGAAACUGCCGGUACCAGCCCAAGAAAAUAGAGUGAUCAUCCAAAAGUCGAUAUCAUUACCCUCAACUGAGACUAAUGUUACCCAACAUAAACAAAGAAUCCGGAGAAAUCAAAUUGUUUCCGCCGAUUCGCCAACGCCACCGAAGAAAAUUAAGCAAGAAAUUGCAAUUGCCCCUGCACCAAUGCCAAGCUUAACACCUAUAAUACCAACAAACUCAUUACUUAAUACACACACGUCAGUAUCGACAAUAUGCAACACUAUUACACCUGUUUCGACAUAUCCUGAAUUAGAGAAUUUCGAAGAGAUGCUACCUGCGAAUGCUAUUGUUCGCCAAACGGAGCCAAUAGUGGCAGAACCUGAGCCAGUUUUUCCUGCACCAGGUAUACCUGCUGCUCCGCUCUCCGAUGGUCAACUGCUGGCAGUUCCCGGAGAGAACUUCGGUGGACCACCGGGCUCGUUUUAUCUAUGCGUAGAAGAAAAUGGAACAUUUACUGCUAUAGAUAAUCGGCCGUUGAUUCUUGAAAACAACCAAUUGGUCCCAAUGGUGGAGCCUAUACAAGUAGUUGCCCCUCAGCCCGAGCGACGCGACAUUUUGGAAGCAGCUCUCGUGAAUAGCGAAGUGUUCCACGCAGAUCCAGUCCGCGACGAGGCGCCAGAUUUUCGGGAUCUGAAUGCUAAUGUGUCAGUCCACUGCCGUGUUUCAGAAACGAGUACCACUCUCAACCAACCUAUUAUGACCCCUGUUGAAGUUCCUACAAAGGGAGAACCAGAAGCGGUUAUUCCAGCCAGUUUGGAUGACGGCCUGGCUGUGAUAGGAGUAACGCCCCACACAGUACCCACGUCUCUCGAGCUACCUAUUACUGUAACUGACCCGCGUAUUGCUCCCAAAACUACAAACCCCUUAAGUAGCAACAAUUACAGAACAUCUUUGUUGCCAUCACCAAACACGGAAAUGACUUUUUUUGUUUCUGAAGAAAGUAACAUACCAGUAGUUGGGCCUAUUUCUAUGCCCUUGCUGACUGAAUUGACUGGUGAUGAGUCUAUUGGGAAAUCAAUGCCCAUAUUGACCGAUGAUCUUGCGGAGAGAAAUGUCUCUUCAAUAGAAUCUACCACCAUCGAGUCGCCGUGUUCGGUAGAGGUGCGGGAAUCAGAGACUGAGGACGGAAGCCAGUGGCCGAGGAGAUUAUUGACUCCAGCAUCAGACAUGUCAGAAACUUCAGUGGAAAUUCCUUUGCAGCCGACAUUGCAGUUGUCCCUCGAUGAUUUAACGCAACGAACGAGUUAAUGUAAUCUUAGAAUGAAUCACAGAGAUAUAUUUAUUUGGAUUUGUUUACAAAAUUUCAAUGUAUAUAACAUACAAUACAAAUUCACGAAGUAUAAUUAUUUUGAAAAUCAUAACAAUUAAUAUAUUGUAGCGAGAGCUACCUAUUAAAAUUUAGAUUGAUAACUUAAAUCAAUCAAAGAGUACAGUGCAAUUGGUCGACUAGAGAGUGGCAAAGAGUAAGCACGUUUAAACGUGGACAGUUGUAAAUAGCAUAGGUUAAAUCUCUGAGGUUUUCAUCUCGUUGAGUUUAUUUUUAUGUAGGUAAGAAAUGCAUUGUGCAUCAAAUGUUUUAAGGUUAUUACUAUAAUUGUAAAUUCAAAUAUAAUAUUGUUGGAUCAUAGUGUGUAUUAUAUGAAUAUUAGCUGUAUUGUAAUAUUUUUUUAUGAUGGUCAGGUGAGAUCAUGUGAUGUAAAACACCAUUUACACGAAAUUGUGCUAUUAAUUAUGUACUGAAGCAUGUGACGACUAUUAAUUUCCUAUCUGUUUUAUUUUAAAGCAAUGAUUACUUCAAAGUAUGAAUUAACUGUAGUGAUGCUCUUUAAUGUUAAGUACAAUAUUUGUUGAUGUAAUUUUGAAACUGUAUGUCGAAUGCACGGAAAGUGCCACAUAAAAUUUUAGCUGCAAAAUAUAUUAAUUUGUAGCAUAAAUAAUAUAAGGUUUAAAUAAAUAAACCAUUUUGAAAAAUA